UGCUUUUGGGGGAUAAAACCCACAGUUUGGGAGUGGAGAGGGAUAUUACAGAGCAGGAUGGCCUGGAGUAAGGUACCUCUGCUCUUGCAUGGAUUUCUCCUGCUGGUUCUGUGUAAACCCUCACUUCAAGGAGGAAUCUACAUACCAGCUGGUGCAGGGGGAGGAACUGGAGCUGGAUUAGGGGGUGGUCUUGGAACUGGAGCUGGACUUGGUGCUGGAACAGGCCCAGGAGGAGGAUUUGGUGCGGGAAUCGGAAGUGUUGGGCCAGGAGUUGGUCCUGGAGGAGUUGGAACAGGAUUAGGUCCAGGUGGUCUUGGAAUAGGGCCAGGAACUGGAAUCAGACCUGGAACUGGAGUUGGAGGAAUACUUGGUUUCAAACCAGGAAAGACAGGAAGCUUUGGAGGUGGUGGUGCUGGGGGGCAAGGUGCUGGACUGGGUGCAGGGCUUGGGGGAGUUGGGCCUGGUGGUGCAGGGCUUGGUACAGGAGGACUUGGUACUGGUGGAUUAGGCACCGGAGGCCUCGGGACAGGGUCAUUCGUCAAGCCACCUAAAACAGGAGGAUAUGGAGGUCUACCAGGAUUUGGACCAGGUGGUACAGGUGCUGGUCCUUCUGGCAUUGGUCCAGGAGGCAUUGGACCAGGAGGAAUAGGACCUGGUGGCAUAGGACCUGGUGGCAUUGGACCUGGUGGCAUUAGACCUGGUGCCAUAGGAACUGGACCAGGAAGGGUCGGACCUGGAGGAAUUGGUGCUGGUGUUGGAACUUGGAGCCUUGGAGCAGUCUCUGCUAGGGAUCCUGGUGGUGUUGGACCAGGUGGUAUUGUCCCUGGUGGUGUUGGACCAGGUGGUAUUGUCCCUGGUGGUGUUGGACCAGGUGGCUUCAGGCCAGGUGGCAUUGUCCCUGGUGGUGUUGGACCAGGUGUCUUGAGUCCUGGAGCAGGCAGAAAACCUGGGAAACCAGGUUAUGGUGGGCCUGGGGGUUUUGGUGGUGGACCGUUUGGAACAGGAAGUCUUGGAGCAGGUGCUAUUCCACUUACACCUGGAGGUGCUGGAACAGGCUAUCCAUCAGGUGGUAGCUAUAGUGGAUAUGGUACUUAUCCUGGAGCUGGAACAAUUGGUCAGAAACCACCAAAACCAGGAAUUGGACCUGGAGGUGUAGGAAUUGGUCCAGGCGGCACAGGACUUAGACCUGGGGGUGCGGGAGUUCUGCCUGGAGGUGUAGGAAUUGGACCGGGUGGCACAGGAAUUGGACCAGGUGGUGCAGGAAUUGGUCCAGGUGGCACAGGAAUUGGACCAGGUGGAGCUGGAUUUGGACCUGGAGGUGUAGGAAUUGGACCUGGUGGCACUGGAACUGGAAUUGGAGGAGCAGGAGUUGCACCUGGUGGAGCACCUUUUCUCCCUCAAACUGGCUUAGCAGGAACUGGAACUGGGACAGGCGCUGGGGGAAAAGUCGGAAAGUUUGGGAAGGCGCCAGUGCCAGGUGUUGGGAUUCCUGGGCUAUACCAAGGGGGUAUAGUCCCUGGACAAGGUUUUGGCGGUAGAGGCAUUCUGCCAGGUGUAGCCACAGGAUCACAAACUGGGCAGCUUGGUCAAGGUGCACUUGGAGCUAAUGGAGGCCGUGGAGGAUUUGGUCAACAAAUACCAGGCGUGUUCCGUGGAUAUCCUCUUAUAUCACCAAAGUCUGGAGGUUCAAGUGCUGCUAAGUCUCAGGCUAAAGCUGCCAAGUAUGGGGCUGGUGGUGUUCCGGGUCUCGGUGGUGGGCUUGGAGGUAUACCUGGUGCAGGUGGUAUACCAGGUGCAGGUGUUGUUCCAGGCAUAAGUGGCAUACCUGGUGCAGGUGGUGUGCCAGGAAUAGGCGGUGUUGCAGGUGCAGCUGGUGUUCCAGGUGUCGGAGUCAUUCCUGGAGCUAGCGGUGGAACUCCAGGUGUCCUAUAUCCGGGAGCUGGUGGUUCCUAUCCUGGGGGAACUGGGGCAAAAGCUCGAAAGUAUGCUUUCGGCAUAGGAACUGGUGGACUUCCUGGUUCUGGUUUGGGAGUUGGUGGUCUUGGCACUGGUGGAAUCUCUGGACCUGGAGUUGGUCCUGAAGGAACUGGGGCAAAAGCUCGAAAGUAUGCUUUCGGCAUAGGAACUGGUGGACUUCCUGGUUCUGGUUUGGGAGUGGGUGGUCUUGGAGCUGGAGGACUACCUGGUUCUGGUUUGGGAGUGGGUGGUCUUGGAACUGGAGGACUUCCUGGUUCUGGUUUGGGAGUGGGUGGUCUUGGAGCUGGAGGACUUCCUGGUUCUGGUUUGGGCGUGGGUGGCUUUGGAGCUGGAGGACUUCCUGGUUCUGGUUUGGGAGUUGGUGGUCUUGGCACUGGUGGAAUCCCUGGACCUGGAGUUGGUCCUGAAGGAUAUGCUGCAGCCAAAGCAAGAAAAUAUGCUCAGCUUGGACGUCCUGGUGGGACUUUAGGUACAGGAGGAUUGCCAGGUGGAGCAGCCGGUGUGUCUGGUGUUGGACUUGGUGGACUACCUGGUGGUGGUCUUGGGAUUGGUGGACAACCUGGAGGCGGAUUUGGAGGGCUACCUGGAGGUGGAUUUGGUGGAUUACCUGGUGGAGGAGCUGGUGGACUGCCUUUUGGAGUUGGUGGUCUUCCUAGCGGUGGUGCUGGAGGACUCCCCAGCUCUGGAAAUGGAUAUGCAGAGGCAAAAGCUCGUAAAUAUGGUCUACUCGGUGGAGGUGCUGGUUUAGGCCCAGGCACUGGAUUAGCUGCAGGUAUUCCAGGUGGAUUACCAGGCACUGGUGUCAGACCAGGUGGGGCAGGGAUUAUACUAGGAACUGGGGCUGGACAAGGAGGUGUCCCUGGUGUGGGUUUUGGUCCAGGAGGUGUACCCGGAGGUGGGCUUGGACCUGGUAGUGUUCCUGGAAGUGCAUUUGGACCUGGAGGAUAUGCUGGGGCCAAAGCUCGCAAAUAUGGGAUUACUGGUGGAGCUGGUGGAACAGGAUUGCCUGGAGGAUUAGGAGGGUCACUUGGUAGUGGAACAGUGUCAGGUGUUGGAGCUGCUGGAGGAAUUGGACCUGGGGGGGCACCAUUUGGUGGUUAUGGACCAGGAGGAGCACCAAUCAGUGGCUACGGACCUGGGGGGGCACCUGUAGGUGGUUAUGGGCCAGGAGGAGUACCUGCUGGAGGAUAUGGACCUGGCUCUGGACCAUAUCCAGGUGGACUAAAGGCCCUAAAAUAUGGUCCUGGUGGUAGUGGAGGAGCUACAGGACUUGGUCUACAGGGUCAGGUAGGUACCGGUCCAGCAGGAGGAUUUGGCACGGGGACAUGGCCAGUUGGUGGUUAUGGUCCAGGGACUGUAGGAGGCCAUGGGUCUGGGUUUACAGGAGCAGGACUUCCUGGUAGUGCUGUCGGAGCAGGAAGCAGAGGAGGGCUUGGGCCUGGGUAUGGAACAGGUGCUGGAGGAUAUGGACCUGGAUCGAAAGCAGCUAAAUAUGGCAAGUUGAAACACACUACAUACACUUACAUGUAUAUUGCAAGUGGCUCUUGA